CAUCCUUGAAUCAAAGGAUUGCCACUAAUGACCAAGAAUCCUGGUUUUCUUGAUUAAAAGAAUUGCAAAUUCUCUGAUAGAAACCCCAGAAUCCGUGAUGAAAAUGAAACACCACUAUAUAUCAAAAGAAGAUUUUCAUCAAGUAACACAGAAUACAAACAAUGGGAGAGCCAUUACAGCUUCCAGAACAGAAGCUAGCACUAAAUCCAGUACUAAAAGUAAAGAUGCAGAAUUGAUUUUGCAGAUACAGUCCUACAUAGAUAAAAACACUGUGGUGAUCUUCAGUAACACAACAUGCAGUCUUAGUACUAAGGUGAAGGAGCUGUUCAAAUCUAUGAAAGUUCCCUAUUUUUCACUUGAACUAGACCAAACUGAGAAUGGACAGAAGCUGCAAGAAGCACUGUAUCAACUGACUUUGGAAACUUCAGUACCAGUUGUAUUUGUGCAACAACAGCAAAUAGGAAACUAUAGCAAAACUUUAAAGGCACAUGAAGAAGGCAAGCUUCAAAAACUACUUGAAAUGAAUGGACCUAAUCAUCUGCAGGAGUCCUAUGACUAUGACCUAAUUGUCAUUGGAGGGGGAUCUGGAGGUCUGGCUGCUGCCAAGGAGGCUGUCAAGUAUGAUAAGAAAGUGAUGGUGCUGGACUAUGUGACUCCUACUCCUCUGGGAACUUCAUGGGGUCUCGGAGGAACAUGUGUAAAUGUGGGCUGUAUACCUAAAAAAUUGAUGCACCAGGCAGCUUUGCUGGGACAAGCCUUAAAAGAUUCCCACAAAUUUGGAUGGCAGUUUACAGAAGAAGCAGUCAAACACAGCUGGGAGACUAUGACAGAAGCUGUUCAGAAUUAUAUUGGGUCACUAAACUGGGGUUAUAGAGUCGCUUUGAGAGACAACAAGGUCACAUAUGAGAAUGCAUAUGGAGAGUUUGUUGGGCCGCACACUAUUAAGGCAACAAAUACAAAAGGGAAAGAGAAACUGUACACAGCAGAGAAAUUUAUUAUUGCCACUGGUGAAAGGCCACGCUACUUGAAUAUCCCUGGAGACAAGGAAUACUGCAUUAGCAGUGACGAUCUGUUCUCCCUGCCUUACUGUCCAGGAAAAACCCUGGUAGUUGGAGCUUCCUAUGUUGCCCUUGAAUGUGCUGGAUUUCUUGCGGGGAUUGGUUUAGAUGUAACUGUAAUGGUGCGAUCCAUUCUUUUAAGAGGGUUUGACCAGGAAAUGGCAAACAAAAUUGGAGAACACAUGGAAGAACAUGGGAUCAAGUUUAUUAAGCAGUUUGUGCCAAUUAAGGUUGAGCAGAUUGAAGAAGGAACUCCUGGAAAAUUGAAAGUUAUAGCUAAAUCCACAACUGGCAGUCAGACAAUUGAAGGAGAAUACAACACUGUGUUGCUAGCAGUGGGAAGGGAUGCAUGCACAAGGAAAAUUGGCUUGGACAAAGUCGGAGUGAAGAUCAAUAAAAAAUCAGGAAAAAUUCCUGCCAAUGAUGAGGAGCAGACUAAUGUCCCUUACAUCUAUGCCAUUGGAGAUGUGUUGGAGGACAAGCUGGAACUCACACCAGUAGCAAUCCAAGCAGGGAGACUGUUGACUCGGAGGCUUUAUGCUGGAGCAACCUUAAAAUGUGACUAUGUGAAUGUUCCAACUACCGUGUUCACUCCAAUGGAAUAUGGAGCCUGUGGAUUUUCAGAAGAGAGAGCUUUGGAGAAAUUUGGGGAGAAUAAUAUUGAGGUAUACCAUAGUUUUUUCUGGCCACUGGAGUGGACAGUCCCAGGCAGAGACAACAACAAAUGCUAUGCAAAGAUAAUUUGCAAUAUUCAAGAUAACGAGAGAAUUAUUGGGUUCCAUGUGCUUGGUCCAAAUGCUGGAGAAGUUACCCAGGGGUUUGCAGCUGCUAUCAAGUGUGGACUGACAAAAGAGAAGUUGGACAGCACAAUAGGAAUUCAUCCAGUCUGUGCAGAGAUAUUCACCACCCUAUCAGUGACAAAGCGUUCUGGUGGAAAUGUCGUUCAAUCUGGAUGCUGAGGUUAAACACCCCCACUGUUGUUGCUGUUGCCGGAGACUAACUUUCAUCACUGUGGCUGACUUCUGCAGAAGAAACCACCUCGAGAUAAACUGUCAUCAGCCCUCGGUAGCAAUGUGCAUGUCUUCACCAAAGCACUACCUUAACUGGAUGAGACAAGCAUGUUGGGGUUUGUUAGUCACUUGUGAUGAUUGGGUGGCAAUUGGCAAAACAGUGGGAAUAAUUAGUGUCAAGCUGCUGCAUGGCAUGGCAUUUACAGGAUGCUUCCAUGAAGUCACAGCCUAAAGCCAGCAUUUCUGGUAGGCAAUGAUGGAAGAAUUGCUAGCACAGUUUGAGAAUAACCUCCUCCUCCUAAAUGAAGAGCUUCCUAAUUCAAAUGCAUCACCACAAGUCCUGAAAUUCUCUGGUAUCUUAUUGUGGCUCAGUAUAAAACUGUCAUUAUGACAACUCCUUGUUAAGCACACAUACCAUCUGAGCACAGUAAUGUAGUGAAGUCAUGCAUGUAGAGAGAGAACUUACCUUACAUUUAAUUCAGACAAGGAAAAUGUCCUUGCAGAAAGAUUCAACUCUUUUCAGAAUAGCAAAUCAAGUUUGGCUUCCAGAAAUCCUAAAACCUAGUUGUUAAAUCCUCUUCUUUUUGUUUUGUUUUAUUUUGCAGCCACCUACUUGUGGCUAUGGUUGCUACUUGUUCUAACCAUUGAAAGAGGAAAAUAUUUUGCAAGGUCUUGCUACAUGGACAAACUUUUUGCCAGAAUACCUUUUAGGGUGUUCUUUAAUAUAUAAACUCAUUAGGCACGCACACAGAACUGAUCAUUUUCUUUAAAAAACAAAAAAUCCAAAAAAGACCUGUCUCUCAUCUCACUAUAAUUAAUCCUCUUCAGAAGUGAAAUAAUUCUGUUUUGGAAUGAGCAUACCACUAUGAAGUGUAUGUACAGGUAUCCAAUUUCAAAUUAACUGCACUACUUCAGAUGGUCCUCUCAUUGUUAUCCCCUGCUGCAUUGCUUCCUAUCUGAAUAUUCUGCACUGCUUUGAGGUCAUAUGGCAUUUAUACCCAUACCUUAGUCCGCUCCCAUGCACCAGAAAUCCAGCACAUCUGAGCAGAUUUGAUUAAUAGAGUCUGCAUACAUUUGUAUAAAUGGUGAUAUGUGCGUCAGCACGCAGAAAAUGGCAGUGGUGUGCUUUUGAAUUAAAACACCUUUGAUGUAUUUUAGUUCAAAAGCACACUGCUGCCAUUUUCUCAGCACUGACACACAUUUUGUUGUUUAUACAAAUGCAUGUGCUGCAAGUGCCAGGUGCUGCGGUGCAUGCAUGUGUAAAAAUGCCCAUAUUGUCCAACAAGAUAAUAGAAUACUGUGAAAGGAAUUAUUGGCAUUUGGCCCCAAAUACCAGUAUGUUCCACUAGAUAUCUCACAAUCGAACAUGAUGCCCCAUAAUGUAUUGAUGCUAGUGUUGGAACAUAGUACCUUGUACCUACUCAAAAAACUCUCCGCUUAUUUCUCUGAUUAAGAGAUGAAAUCACUUAAGCCAAUUUGAACAAAGCAGUAUGGUUGCACUCUUUGGGCAUCUAUACACGUGCUGUGGGGUGGGGGCGCUUUAACUCUGAGAGCUUUAGUUCAACAAGCUUUAGUUAAGUGCCCCCAUUGCCAAUUUGAAACAUGGGGACGCUGAAUACAUGUGACGUGGAAGCUAAUGAAGCAUGCUAAUUGGCACGCUCCGGCAGACUGACAGGAGACUCAAUUAAUUGAGUUUGCUCCGUUGCGUGCUAAGUAGCACGCGUUGGAGCACACAUCUGUCACGCGUAUAGAUGCCCUUUCAGUUUAGUUACAUCUGCAUAGCAAAAUGAUCUCUCAAAAACCCCUAUGUUGAAACGGAUCUUUUCUGGGGAUAAAGACAUCUUAAUUUUCUUAUAUACACUGUCAUUUUCUUUAACAGAUAUAAACAAGUUUAAAGCAGUAUUUACUUCUAAAACUCAUUUCCCUCAAUAUUUCUCAUGUGCCUGUUAAAGUCUAUGCAUUUAUCAAAACAGAAGUAAAACAUCUCUUUGUAAUGGAAAUGAACGUGCUUUUUAAUCUGGUUCACAACAGCUCUCUAUUUAACAGGCAUCUUCAGAAUUUUUUAAUGGUUUUCCAGAGUUUAUUAUUGCAGGGUGAAUCCUGGGAGACUCGCCCUAAGGCAAAAGCCUUGGUCUGGGUCUUUUGGCCAGGAGUGAAUUUCACCUUUCUUCUACUGACAAUCUUCUACCAGGGUGCGUCUACACCAGAUGCUACUACACAGUGGUUACUGAGCAUUUAUGUAGUACUUGUAUAAGCAAGUACUAAAUAAAUGUGCAGUAACCAGAGUUACUGUGCAGUAGCACUGGCAAACACCUUUUAAGUGAUGCUGCUGCACAGUAUCUUAAUACUAAUGCAUAGUAAUGGCUCAGCACAGUUUUUGUCACAUGACACUACUGUACAGUAGCAUCAGGUUACUGCGCAGUCAGCAUCUCAUGUAGAGGUGCCCACAGAGUUGUAAAUUAUUUUUAUAAACUCCAGCUUAACUGAAGGGUUUUUAAAAAAUGUUUGAUACCAUACAAAAACAGUUUGUGUUUUUUUUCUGGGCCAGUUUAUAGAACAAAUAGAAUAUUUGCACAAAGUGCCACGCAUUUUGAUCACCCUCCAACUCAAGAAAGAAAUCAAGUGAAGGAAGAAAGCUGCCAUUUUUAAGGGCAGAGAAUGCCAGUAUAAAAUUAUUAACUCUUGGGUCAUUUAUUUUAAUCUUUUGAUUUUGAAUACUGUGUUGGAUAGUUUCAUAAGAUGUAGGGAGUUGGCAUCUUUUGGUAUAUUAAAGAUACAAGGAGGGCAUAGUUUUAAGUGCAAGGAAAAAACUCAUUUUCACUAAAAUUAUCAACCUCUUGUGUCCUGAAUGCCCCAGAUGUCACAUAUAUGGCUUCUGAAAACCCAGACAGUACAGUUUCUUUAAACCUGAGUGAAUAACCUUCAACAUAUGAGAAAUCAUUAAAGCCAGGUAGUUAAACAUAUAGAUAAAGUGUGUGUGUGUGUGCGUGCGUGCGUGUGCGCAUGUUUGCAGGACUGGGGCCAUAGGUUUGUAAAGCUUCCUUCAACUGAUUAAUAAUUUUGGUGUACAUAUUCUAAACUAUUUUUAUAUAUAUUUAAAAUAAGAGAAGUGGAGUGUAAGCACUUUAGUACUUUUUUCCUCAUCAAAUUUUAUAUUGUGUUUCUAUUCAUGGUGAUAGAGGCAUAUAAUUCAUGAAGACAAGAUGUAAGGCUCUGUUGAAUUCCAAAGCAAAGUACUUGGAAUUUAUAUCAAAUUACACAUUUUAUGAUGAAUGUUUUGAAAAUUAUAUAUACUAGAAAAUGUAAUAAAUUAAACAAUAUUUAUAUUCA